GGAAGUAACUCACAAAAAAGAAAAACGACUUCAAACAAAAGGGCAGUAUGUAAUUUUCCAGAUGGACAUCGUUUUACAGAAACUUCCGGACUAUGACGAAACCGUAUUCCAAAUCCAGCCCAGCCUCAAAAGCAAUAUUUAAAUUUGGCAAUUAAGCAACGAGAAUGGAUAAUGUGUAAUUAACAUAAUGCUCGAUCAAGAGGCUAAACGAUUUAUUACAAAAGUGCUUGCACACGCAGAUUCGAUGACAAAUUCGUUGGUGUUUCGAGUUGGCGGCGGCGCUAACCAGAACAAAAUUAGUAAGCGGAGCCAAUCCGAGAGUUCAUAUAAAUUAAAAGUCGCGGGCGCGAUUUAAAACGCCUCAAACGCUGCGGCAUUGUGUCGGUGUCUGGGGCCUCUGCUCGGUCAAACAUAUCUUUGUACAAUAGAACGCCAGCUACAAUAACAAAUGGAAUAAUAGAAAUAAAAAGAGCGACGGUGACGAAAGCAUUUGGCGAUAAUGGAACGAUAAAAGAGCCAAACACUCAUGCCUUUUUUGACUUUUCGACUUUUGCAAUGAUAUUUCCCCCGCAGUCUUACCGAAGAUAGUGCCCAAAGACAGUCGCGUGCGACCCUCGGAAAAGUCGAAAAUUUAAAUAUAUCACCGUAGCGCCUAUCAGCAUAAUAUUUAGUCCACGGUAAACAGAAGAUAGUGGUCCUACACUCGGAGAAACCAGUGCAAUUAAUAGAGGUCGCGUGAGGCGAAAACCCGUUCACCGCGUCUGUAAAUUAGCUAGUUUCGUAGCUCGACCAAAAGCACACAAAAGUUAUUAAAGACAAAGCAAAGAGCGAACUCAACACGUAGUCUUCGAUUUGUCUCGAGACUGUUGACUCCCAAAAACCGAAGACUGUAGAAACAAGCCAAAAGCGGAGUCGGAGAAUCCGAUCCCCUGACAGAUUCUACGGCCAUAAAGCUAUAAAGCCCGUCCACCAAAAUGCCGCGUUCGCAUUUCACUCGAAGGCAUUGUCUAGCGAUGACGGGCGGAUUAAUUGCAUCGGCGGUUCUAAUCUGGUGCGUCGCUCACUCGGCGAUCGAAUCGUCGGCCAAGCUCUACGAUCCCGGCGCUGAUAAAUCCACGCUCGAGCUGCUGCAUGUGGUAUUCCGACAUGGACCACGAACGCCGGCGGAUACGUAUCCAAGGGAUCCCUAUGUAAAUGAGACCUACUAUCCCUUUGGCUGGGGACAAAUAACAAAUAAUGGCAAACGCGAGCUGUUCAACAUUGGUACUUGGCUGCGUAAGCGUUAUGGCAAAUUUCUGGCGCCCAACUACAGUCCUGAUUCGGUCCACGCUCAGGCGACGGGUGUUCCGCGAACUCACAUGACCAUGCAGACCGUUUUGGCCGCCUUUUUCCCGCCAAAGGGCACCGAUAUGGAGUGGAAUGGCCGGUUUAAUUGGCAGCCCAUACCUGUCUUCUCCCAGGAACUCAAUGAGGAUACGUUGCUACUGGUGCGAAAACCCUGCCCGCGAUAUUUUGAGGCCCUGAAUGAAGUCUACGAGCUACCGGAGGUAAAGGCAGAAAUCGCACCCUAUCUGGAAAUGUACAAGGAGCUGGAAGAGCACACGGGCCUGAGCUUUAAGGAGCCCGAGGAUGUGCAGUCGUUAUAUUUGACGUUGCUCGCAGAACAGGAGUGGGGUCUAGAAUUACCUGAAUGGACGCAUUCCUAUUUCCCCGAGAAACUCCAAUUUCUGGCCGAACAAAGUUACGUUUACAACGUCUACACACCCGAGAUGCAGAAGAUUAAGGGCGGUCCCUUCAUCAAGAAAAUGCUCGAUGAAAUGCAGCAGAAGAAGAACGGAACCCUGAAGCCCAGUGGCAGAAAACUCUUCAUAUACACGGGUCACGAUUCGACGGUGGUUAACGUUCUUUCAGCCCUGAAAGUUUGGGAGCGCCAGAUGCCUCGCUACUCCUCGAUGAUUUUGUUCGAACUUCACAAAAACAAGGAAACCGGCGAUUACUGGGUGGAGAUCUACUUCCGCAACGAUCCCAAGGGUCAGGCUCAAAGGCUUACACUUCCUGGCUGUGAGUUCCAAUGUCCUUUGGAUAAACUACUGGAUUUCGCCAAGGACGUGCUUCCCACGGAAGCGGAUGCAAAGCGGUGCGAGUCCAGAAAUCAAGCCUUCACAGAACCACCUCUUCGAGGACCAUAGGAACCACAAUACAGUGCAAAUAGGAGAAUCGUUCAGGUGCUACACAUCUCAGGGAGUGGGACCGUCAAAAGUCCACGAAGAAGCCGUAGUUUUCUAGUUAAGUCAGUCGUUUAGCUUAUACCGAAUAAAAGUCCGUUACCCUUUUUUGUAAAUCUUAUUAUCUUAUUUUAAUGUGAUCUGAACACAGAUAAAGAAUUAAUUUUUCUUAAUAUAAA